UGAAGCUGGAAAACCCUGCGGACCCACAACUCAUGAUCAGUCCAUUCCAGCUGGAUCCCGCCACGGCAGCCGCUUUGGCACCAGGACUCGUAAAUAAUGAGCUGCCGCCUGAAAUCCGGCUUGCCAGUGGUCAGCUAAUGGGUGAUGACCUGUCCCUCCUUACUGCAGGAGAGCUGUCACCUUAUAUCAGUGACCCAGCGCUGAAGCUAUUCCAGUGUGCUGUUUGCAACAAAUUCACCUCUGACAGCCUGGAGGCCCUAAGUGUGCAUGUGAGCAGUGAGCGCUCUCUCCCUGAAGAGGAAUGGAGGGCUGUGAUUGGAGAUAUCUACCAGUGCAAGCUCUGUAACUACAACACUCAGCUCAAAGCCAACUUCCAGCUCCACUGCAAGACUGAUAAACAUAUGCAGAAAUAUCAACUGGUGGCCCACAUUAAAGAAGGGGGUAAAAGCAAUGAGUGGAGGCUGAAGUGUAUUGCCAUUGGCAACCCCGUUCACCUGAAAUGUAACGCCUGUGACUACUACACCAACAGUGUGGAUAAAUUACGCUUGCAUACCACCAAUCACAGGCACGAGGCGGCCCUGAAGCUCUACAAGCACUUGCAGAAGCAAGAGGGUGCAGUGAAUUCUGACUCCUGCUAUUACUACUGUGCCGUGUGCGAUUACUCCACCAAGGUCAAGUUGAACCUGGUACAACACGUCCGUUCGGUGAAGCACCAGCAGACUGAGGGCCUACGUAAGCUCCAGCUCCACCAGCAAGGCCUGGCACCAGAGGAGGACAACCUCAGUGAGAUCUUUUUUGUUAAAGACUGCCCACCAAAUGAGCUUGAAACUGCCUCUUUGGGAGCCAGGACCUGUGAGGAUGAUCUUCCGGAGCAGCAGUUGAGAGCAACCUCAGAAGAACAGAGUGAGGAGGCUGAAGGAGCCGGCAAGCCUGCCUCAGUGGCAGAGGAUGACGAGAGAGACACGUGUGAGAGAGACAACAGUGAAGGAAAAAACUCUAAUAAAGAUUCUGGAAUAAUCACACCAGAAAAGGAGCUAAAAGUCAGUGUGGGAGGGGGGACCCAGCCACUCCUGCUGGCGAAAGAAGAGGAUGUUGCGACAAAAAGAUCAAAACCUGCAGAGGACAACAAAUUCUGUCACGAGCAGUUCUUUCAGUGUCCUUAUUGCAACUACAAUAGUAGGGACCAAAGUCGUAUCCAGAUGCAUGUCCUGUCACAGCACUCGGUGCAGCCGGUCAUCUGCUGUCCGCUCUGUCAGGACGUCCUCAGCAACAAAAUGCACCUCCAGCUGCAUCUGACGCAUUUGCACAGUGUGUCUCCGGAUUGUGUGGAGAAGCUGCUUAUGACAGUGCCUGUGCCUGAUGUGAUGAUGCCGAACAGUUUGCUACUGCCAGCAGCUGCCUCUGAGAAAUCGGAGCGGGACACAUCUGCAGCCAUCACAGCUGAGGCAUCUGGGAAAUAUUCAGGCGAGAGUCCAGUGGAUGACAAAAGUGCGGCAGGUCUUGACGAUUCAAAGGCUAGCGUGGAAAUAAAGAGUGAGGAGCAGAAACCAACUAAAGAACCCAUGGAAGUGUCAGACUGGAAUAAAAAUAGCAGUAAGGAUGUGAAAGUCCCUGACGCUCUCCAAGACCAGCUGAGUGAGCAGCAAAAAAGGCAACCACUCUCAGUGUCAGACCGCCACGUUUAUAAGUAUCGCUGUAACCACUGCAGUCUGGCUUUCAAGACUAUGCAGAAGCUUCAGAUACAUUCCCAGUAUCACGCGAUUCGGGCUGCGACGAUGUGUAAUCUCUGCCAGCGUAGUUUCCGUACAUUCCAGGCUUUAAAAAAACACUUGGAAGCAGGCCACCCCGAGCUGAGUGAAGCUGAACUUCAGCAGCUGUAUGCCUCCUUGCCCGUGAAUGGUGAACUUUGGGCGGAGAGCGAACCUAUGGCACAGGACGACCAUGCCCUGGAGCAGGAAAUGGAGAGAGAGUAUGAGGUGGACCACGAAGGGAAGGCAAGUCCCGUAGGAAGCGACAGUAGCUCUAUUCCUGAUGACAUGGGCUCCGAACCAAAGCGGACCUUACCUUUUAGAAAAGGGCCAAAUUUUACGAUGGAAAAAUUCCUGGAUCCAUCCCGCCCGUAUAAAUGUACAGUGUGUAAAGAGUCGUUCACCCAAAAGAACAUUCUCUUGGUCCAUUAUAAUUCAGUUUCUCAUCUGCAUAAGUUGAAGAAGGUUUUGCAGGAAGCCUCCAGUCCUGUUCCGCAAGAAACCAACAGCAGCACAGAUAACAAACCCUAUAAGUGCAGCAUCUGCAACGUUGCGUACAGCCAAAGCUCGACACUGGAAAUCCAUAUGAGGUCCGUGCUCCACCAGACGAAGGCGAGGGCUGCCAAGCUGGAGCCGAGCGGCCACGUGGCUGGUGGGCACGGCAUGGCGGCCAACAGUAGUCCCGGCCAAGGGAUGCUAGAUUCCAUGAGUUUAGCGACAGUAAGCAGCAAAGAUGCCCACUUAGAUGCCAAAGAAUUAAAUAAAAAGCAAACUCCGGAAUUGAUCUCUGCCCAGCCUACCCAUCACCCACUGCAGUCACCAGCACAAAUCCAGAUGCAGUUACAGCACGAGUUACAACAGCAGGCGGCGUUCUUUCAGCCUCAGUUUCUAAACCCCGCCUUUUUGCCUCAUUUCCCUAUGACCCCAGAAGCUCUGUUGCAGUUUCAGCAGCCUCAGUUUCUCUUCCCAUUCUACAUCCCUGGGACGGAGUUCAGCUUGGGGCCAGAUCUGGGCUUGCCCGGCUCGGCCACGUUUGGCAUGCCCGGCAUGACAGGAAUGGCUGGAUCCUUGCUGGAAGACUUGAAGCAGCAGAUUCAAACCCAGCACCACGUUGGCCAAACUCAACUGCAAAUACUACAGCAACAAGCACAACAGUACCAGGCCAGCCAGCCCCAGCUGCAGCCCCAGAAGCAGCAGCAGCAGCAGCAGCAGCAGCAGCAGCAGCAGCAGCAGCAACAGCAGCAGCAACAGCAGCAGCAGCAGCAACAGCAGCAGCAGCAGGCAGCAAGCAAAUUAUUGAAACAAGAGCAGACGAGCGGAGCCAGUUCAGACUGCCCUGUCCUGAAGGACGGGCCGUCUUACAAGGAGGCAGAAGAGAAUGCUGAAAAGCAAGAAAAGCCAAAGCAAGAAUAUUCCAGCGAAGGCGAAGGACUCAAAGAAGGCAAAGACCUCAAGAAGCAAAAAUCCUCCGAACCCUGCAUCCCGCCGCCCCGAAUAGCUUCGGGGGCCAGAGGAAAUGCAGCCAAGGCUUUAUUGGAAAACUUUGGUUUUGAACUGGUCAUCCAGUACAACGAAAACAGGCAGAAGGUACAGAAGAAGGGCAAAAGUGGUGAAGGGGAAAACACUGACAAACUGGAAUGCGGGACGUGUGGCAAGUUGUUUUCCAAUGUUCUUAUUUUGAAGAGUCACCAAGAACAUGUCCACGGGCAAUUUUUUCCAUACGGAGCACUAGAAAAAUUUGCUCGUCAGUACAGGGAGGCCUAUGACAAGCUGUAUCCAAUUUCGCCAUCUUCGCCAGAAACGCCACCUCCUCCCCCUCCCCCGCCUCCUCUGCCUCCAGCUCCUCCACAGCCUUCUUCCUUGGGUCCCGUGAAACUCCCAAGCACGGUUUCCACUCCUCUGCAAGCACCACACUCCCCUCCCACCCCACACCCGCCUUCCCUCCCCCCUCUCUCUCCCUCGAUUUCCCCCCUUUCGUUUCCCCAGGUCCAGCUGCCUGUUUCUCUGGACCUUCCACUCUUUCCUUCCAUUAUGAUGCAGCCCGUGCAGCACCCGGCACUCCCUCCCCAGCUCGCCCUGCAGCUGCCCCAGAUGGACACUCUGUCUGCCGAUCUCACUCAGCUUUGCCAACAGCAGCUCGGAAUAGAUCCCAACUUCUUAAGGCAUUCUCAGUUCAAACGCCCGCGGACAAGAAUUACCGACGACCAGCUAAAAAUCCUGAGGGCUUACUUCGACAUCAACAAUUCCCCGAGUGAAGAGCAGAUCCAAGAAAUGGCGGAGAAAUCGGGCCUCUCUCAAAAAGUUAUCAAGCACUGGUUUCGAAAUACGCUUUUUAAGGAACGGCAGCGAAACAAGGAUUCACCCUACAACUUCAGUAACCCUCCCAUAACUGUUUUGGAAGAUAUCCGAAUUGAUCCACAGCCCUCCUCUUUAGAACAUUACAAAUCGGAUGCGUCGUUCAGCAAAAGGUCUUCUAGAACGAGAUUUACCGACUACCAGCUUAGGGUUCUCCAAGACUUCUUUGACACAAACGCUUACCCAAAGGAUGAUGAAAUAGAACAACUCUCCACUGUUCUCAAUCUCCCCACCCGGGUGAUUGUCGUGUGGUUCCAGAAUGCUCGUCAGAAAGCACGCAAGAGUUACGAGAACCAAGCAGAAACGAAAGACAACGAGAAGAGGGAACUCACUAACGAACGGUAUAUUCGAACAAGCAACAUGCAGUACCAGUGUAAAAAGUGCAAUGUGGUUUUCCCCCGGAUCUUUGACUUGAUUACGCAUCAGAAGAAGCAGUGUUACAAGGAUGAAGAUGAUGAUGCCCAAGAUGAGAGCCAAACCGAAGACUCCAUGGAUGCCACCGAUCAAGUGGUGUAUAAGCACUGCACAGCGUCUGGUCAGACGGACGCGGCCAAAAACCCCGCUGCCCCUGCAGCGAGCUCUGGCUCCGGGACGAGCACCCCCUUGAUCCCGUCACCCAAACCGGACCUGGAGAAGACCUCUCCAAGACCCGAAUAUCCCACAGAAAAGCCAAAGCAGAGGGACCCCUCUCCCCCUUCUCAAGGCAGCAAGCCAGCCCUGCCAUCAGCGUCAACCUCCUCAGACCCACCCCAGACCUCGGCAGCUCCGCCACAGCCACAGCCACCGAAACAACCCCCACUCGUCGGAAGACCUCCGUCAGCCUCGCAGACCCCGGUCCCUUCCAGCCCACUGCAGAUUUCCAUGACUUCUCUCCAGAACAGUCUACCUCCACAGUUACUACAAUACCAAUGUGAUCAGUGUACGGUUGCCUUCCCCACUCUGGAACUCUGGCAGGAGCACCAGCACAUGCACUUCCUUGCUGCUCAAAACCAAUUCCUCCACUCACCAUUCUUGGAAAGGCCCAUGGAUAUGCCCUACAUGAUAUUCGACCCCAACAACCCGCUGAUGACCGGACAGCUGCUGAGUGGUUCUCUGGCACAGAUGCCACCUCAGACCGGCUCCUCCCACGCCACAGCGCCCGCGACAGUCGCUGCUUCUCUGAAAAGGAAACUGGAUGACAAAGAGGACAAUGCUUGCAGUGAAAAGGAGGGAGGAAACAGCGGUGAGGACCAACACCGCGAUAAACGCUUGAGAACCACGAUCACCCCGGAACAACUGGAAAUACUCUAUGAGAAGUACUUGCUGGAUUCCAACCCUACCAGGAAAAUGCUUGAUCAUAUUGCACGAGAAGUGGGGCUGAAGAAACGGGUCGUGCAAGUCUGGUUCCAGAACACCCGAGCUCGAGAAAGGAAAGGCCAGUUCCGGGCAGUGGGCCCAGCACAGUCCCACAAACGGUGUCCUUUCUGUCGAGCCCUGUUCAAGGCAAAGUCAGCCUUAGAAAGCCACAUCCGCUCUCGGCACUGGAAUGAAGGAAAGCAGGCGGGUUACAGCUUGCCACCAAGCCCUUUGAUAUCAGCAGAAGAUGGGGGAGAGAGCCCUCAGAAAUACAUUUAUUUUGAUUAUCCGUCUCUGCCGCUAACUAAAAUGGAUCUAUCAAGCGAGAACGAAUUGGCUUCCACAGUGUCCACGCCUGUGAGCAAAACCGCAGAGCUGUCGCCGAAGAAUCUUCUAAGCCCUUCCUCUUUUAAAGCAGAAUGUUCUGAGGAUGUAGAGAAUUUAAAUGCCCCUCCUGCUGAGGCAGGGUAUGAUCAAAAUAAAACUGAUUUUGAUGAGACUUCAUCGAUUAAUACAGCAAUCAGUGACGCCACCACCGGCGACGAGGGCACCGCUGAGAUGGAAAGCACCACGGGAAGUUCCGGAGAUGUGAAGCCAGCUUUAUCUCCUAAAGAGCCCAAAACUCUGGACCCUUUGCCAAAACCCGCGACCACACCCACCACGGAGGUCUGCGAUGAAAAAUUUCUCUUCUCUCUCACGAGUCCCUCCAUCCAUUUCAACGAUAAGGACGGCGACCACGACCAAAGCUUUUAUAUCACAGAUGACCCCGAUGACAAUGCCGACCGCAGCGAAACAUCCAGCAUAGCAGACCCGAGUUCACCGAAUCCCUUUGGAUCCAGCAAUCCUUUUAAAUCCAAAAGCAACGAUCGACCAGGUCACAAGCGUUUCAGAACCCAAAUGAGCAAUCUUCAACUCAAGGUUCUCAAGGCUUGCUUCAGUGACUACCGAACUCCCACCAUGCAAGAAUGUGAGAUGUUAGGCAAUGAGAUUGGCCUGCCCAAACGCGUGGUCCAGGUGUGGUUCCAAAAUGCAAGGGCAAAGGAAAAGAAGUUUAAAAUUAACAUAGGGAAGCCUUUCAUGAUUAAUCAAAGUGGAACAGAAGGCACCAAACCGGAAUGUACCCUCUGCGGGGUGAAGUACUCUGCCCGCUUGUCCAUCAGAGAUCAUAUUUUCUCCAAACAGCACAUUUCAAAAGUGAGGGAGACCGUGGGGAGCCAGCUCGAUCGGGAGAAAGAUUACUUGGCUCCGACCACCGUUCGACAGCUGAUGGCACAGCAAGAACUUGAUCGUAUCAAGAAAGCUUCAGAUGUGCUGGGCUUAGCGGUGCAGCAGCCAGGCAUGAUGGACAGCGGCUCCCUCCAUGGCAUCAGUCUGCCGGCGGCCUACCCAGGACUCCCCGGCCUCCCUCCGGUUCUGCUCCCUGGAAUGAAUGGUCCAUCCUCCUUGCCUGGAUUUCCACAAAAUUCAAACACCCUUGUUCCUCCCGGUGCAGGCAUGCUUGGGUUUCCCACUUCAGCUACUUCGUCUCCUGCCCUGUCUCUCAGCAGUGCCCCCACCAAACCUUUGCUGCAGACGCCACCACCUCCGCCGCCUCCUCCUCCUCCUCCUCCUCCUCCAUCCUCUCUGUCAGGACAGCAGACCGAGCUGCAGAACAAAGAAUCCGAGAAAAAGCAAAGUAAGCCAAACAAGGUCAAAAAAAUCAAAGAGGAGGAAUUAGAGGCCACCAAACCCGAGAAACACCCCAAAAAAGAGGAAAAAAUCUCAUCUGCUCUUUCAGUGUUGGGCAAAGUCGUAGGCGAAACGCAUGUAGACCCUACUCAGCUGCAGGCCCUACAGAACGCGAUUGCUGGAGACCCCGCCUCCUUCAUAGGCGGGCAGUUCCUGCCGUACUUCAUCCCUGGGUUCGCGUCCUACUUCACGCCUCAGCUCCCCGGCACGGUGCAAGGAGGCUACCUCCCGCCCGUCUGCGGCAUGGAGAGCCUCUUUCCCUACGGCCCCACGAUGCCGCAGACCCUGGCGGGCCUGUCCCCGGGCGCGCUGCUCCAGCAGUACCAGCAGUAUCAGCAGAGCCUCCAAGACUCCCUGCAGAAACAGCAAAAGCAACAGCAAGAACAGCAGCAGAAACCAGUUCAGGCUAAGACCUCCAAAGCAGAAAGCGACCCGCCGCCCAACUCCAGCGAGGCCUCGGAAGCCAAGGAAGACAAAAGUACUGCUUCGGAAAGCACAAAAGAAGAACCACCGUUAGACCCCAAAAGUGCAGACUUUUCAGACACUUACGUUGUUCCGUUCGUCAAGUAUGAGUUUAUAUGCAGAAAGUGCCAGAUGAUGUUUACUGAUGAAGAUGCCGCAGUAAAUCAUCAAAAGUCCUUCUGUUACUUCGGUCAGCCUUUGAUCGACCCCCAAGAGACAGUGCUUCGUGUCCCGGUCAGCAAAUAUCAGUGUCUUGCCUGUGAUGUGGCUAUCGGUGGGAACGAAACACUUAGCCAACACCUCCAGUCAAGCUUGCACAAAGAGAAAACAAUCAAACAAGCAAUGAGAAAUGCCAAAGAGCAUGUUAGAUUAUUACCUCACUCAGUCUGCUCCCCUAAUCCUAACACCACAUCUACCUCGCAGUCUGCAGCUUCUUCUAAUAACACCUGUCCUCAUCUCUCUUGCUUCUCCAUGAAGUCCUGGCCCAAUCUCCUUUUCCAAGCGUCCGCCAGGAGAGCUGCUUCUUCCCCUUCUUCUCCUCCUUCCCUUUCCUUGCCUUCAACGGUUACCUCAAGUUUGUGCAGCACCUCAGGGGUUCAAACCUCACUACCCACAGAAAGUUGUUCAGAUGAGUCUGACAGUGAGCUGAGCCAGAAGCUAGAAGACUUAGAUAAUUCUUUGGAAGCGAAGGCUAAGCCUGCUUCUGGCCUAGAUGGUAAUUUCAAUAGCAUCCGAAUGGAUAUGUUCAGUGUGUAG